UCGCGCUCCCUCCUGUUUCUAAUUCCUUCCACUAGCUCGAAGCCUCAUUCAGCUGCCGCUGCCAGCAGAGUGGAAUAGGCUGGAGGGAUGCUGCUGCUGCUGCGCCUCUAGUUGUGAAUGGGACUUGCCUGCUCGCCUUCCUCCAGAGGUGACCCGAGGAGAAGCAAGCGGCCGGACGCCCAGAAAAGGGUUGGAGAUGGGCUACACAGCAGCAUAGAAUUAACAACUUCACUGGUACUGCUGACUUGCUCAAAUGGGUGGAAUAUGCUUCUACAAUUGGCGACAGGUUUCCAAUGGGUGAAGGAAAUAAUUUGGGAGUCUAUACAGAAUUAAAGUGAUGCACUUAAGGAGCAGCAACGUCUUGGUUACGGAAAGCUACACCUGAAAUUUCCACAGGAUUAUACUAUUCCUUUUUACUAUUGUGGUGGCCCUGUGAGAAGAAGGGAUAGAUUUGGGGAUACUCUGGUGCCUACAUAUUAACCAAAAAUGAAGGUGGAAAACUGUUUACAUGCUGCCCUUAUCUGCCUGGGAAUGCUAUGCUACAGUCUUGCUAUGGUGGUGGAAAAACUGAACCAACCACAGCCAUCACUCCAUGGUCACCAUGAAAAAGGAAAGGAAGGGCAAGUUCUCCACCGUUCAAAAAGAGGAUGGGUGUGGAACCAGUUCUUUGUAAUAGAGGAAUAUACGGGACCAGAUCCUGUGCUGGUGGGCAGGCUUCAUUCCGAUAUCGAUUCUGGUGAUGGGAAAAUCAAAUACAUUCUCUCAGGUGAAGGAGCGGGCAUCAUUUUCGUUAUCGAUGACAAAUCAGGGAACAUCCAUGCAACGAAGACACUGGAUCGGGAAGAAAGAGCUCAGUACACAUUAACAGCACAAGCUGUAGACAGGAUUACCAACCGACCCCUGGAGCCGCCCUCCGAAUUCAUUGUGAAAGUUCAAGAUAUCAAUGACAACCCUCCGGAAUUCUUACAAGAAAAUUAUCAUGCCAAUGUACCAGAGAGGUCCAAUGUAGGUACAUCUGUUAUGCAAGUGACGGCCUCAGAUGCCGAUGACCCUACUUAUGGAAAUAGUGCCAAACUAGUUUACAGCAUUCUUGAAGGUCAGCCGUACUUCUCUGUGGAAGCACAAACAGGUAUUAUUAGAACUGCUCUUCCCAACAUGGACCGAGAAGCAAAAGAAGAAUAUCACGUUGUCAUACAAGCGAAGGACAUGGGAGGACACAUGGGAGGACUCUCAGGGACAACCAAAGUGACCAUUACACUUACUGAUGUCAACGACAACCCACCAAAGUUCCCGCAGAGUGUUUACCAGAUGCCAAUAUCAGAAGCAGCCAUCCCGGGAGAGGAAGCUGGAAGAGUGAAGGCCAAAGAUCCAGAUAUUGGAGAAAAUGGCUUGGUAACUUACAACAUUAUCGACGGAGACGGUAUAGAGAUGUUUGAAAUUACAACAGAUUAUGAGACUCAGGAAGGGGUUGUGAAGCUUAAGAAGCAUGUGGAUUAUGAAACCAAAAGGACCUACAGUCUGAAAGUAGAGGCAGCCAAUAUACAUAUUGACCCAAAGUUCAUCAGCAAUGGACCAUUCAAGGAUACCGUAACUGUGAAAAUUAACGUGGAGGAUGCUGAUGAGCCACCAAUAUUUUUAGAGCCAACGUAUAUUUUUAGAGUGGAAGAGAACGCAGGCCCUGGAGCUUCAGUUGGGAGGGUCCGUGCCAAAGACCCGGAUGCUAAAAACAGUCCCAUAAAAUAUUCAAUUGAUCGUCACACUGACCUCGACAGAUAUUUCAGCAUCAGCCCAGAAGAUGGUUCAAUUGUGACCACAAAAAGACUGGAUAGGGAAGAAAUGGCCUGGCAUAAUAUCUCAGUGUUAGCAUCUGAAGCCCAUAACCGGCACCAGGAAGCCAAAGUUCCAGUUGCGAUCAAGGUUCUCGAUGUAAAUGACAAUGCUCCAAAAUUCCCAACUCCUUACGAAACAUUAAUUUGUGAAAAAACGCAGACCAGUGAGCCAUUAAUUACAAUUACUGCGGAGGACAAGGAUGAUACAGCCAAUGGACCAAAAUUUAUCUUCGGUUUGCCACCAGAAAUGAUCCAGAAGCCGAAUUUUACUGUCCAUGACAACCGAGAUAACACAGCAGGAGUUUACGCGAGACGCACAACCUUCAAUCGACAGGUGCAAGACAUAUACGUCCUGCCUAUUGUGAUAAGUGACGGUGGGAGCCCUUCACAGAGUAGCACCAACAUGCUCACCAUUCGGAUUUGUGGCUGUGACAGAAAAGGUGCCGUGAUCUCCUGCAACCCAGAAGCCUACACCCUGAAUGCCGGACUAAGCACUGGAGCUUUAAUCGCAAUCCUUGCUUGCAUUGUGAUUUUAUUAGUGAUCGUAGUGUUAUUUGUAACACUAAAGCGUCAAAAGAAAGAGCCUCUCAUUGUUUUUGAAGAAGAAGAUGUACGGGAGAAUAUUAUUACUUACGAUGACGAAGGUGGUGGGGAAGAAGACACAGAAGCUUUUGACAUUGCUACUUUGCAAAACCCGGAUGGCAUCAAUGGAUUUAUUCCUCGCAAAGACAUAAAGCCGGAAUACCAAUACAUGCCACGUCCAGGGCUUCGGCCAGCUCCAAACAGUGUUGACGUUGAUGACUUUAUCAACACAAGAAUACAAGAAGCAGAUAAUGACCCAACGGCUCCUCCAUAUGACUCCAUCCAGAUCUAUGGCUAUGAAGGAAGAGGCUCAGUGGCUGGUUCACUUAGCUCAUUAGAGUCAGCAACGACAGAUUCUGAUUUGGACUAUGACUAUCUACAAAAUUGGGGACCUCGUUUUAAGAAACUAGCAGACUUAUAUGGCUCCAAAGACACUUUUGAAGAUGAUUCUUAACAAUAAAGUUACAAAUUUGGCCUUAAGAACUGUGUCUAACAUUCUGAAGAAAAAAGAAAAAAAAUCAGAGGAAAUGUAAGCAGGUAUUUUUUAAAAUAAAACAAGGGAAGGCUCAUAUAAAGCAUUUAGGUUUGGUGGGGAGGGCAAGUCCUUUAAUUAAAAAUGGACAGGAAAAGUGGUAAAUACUGUGAAGUUCCUUUUCAUGCAAAAGGCAAAGAUAGGAGUUGGUUAUCAACUUCGCUAGAACGGGGAGGGAUGACCACUUGUGAAAUGCAAAAUAUUUAAAUGAAGGGAAAUUCUAGAAGUCAUCCUAGGAUUGAGGGCAAAUCUUUUUAUGUAUUAUGAACAGCUAAGUCUUUCAUGUCAAAGAAGCUUCCACAAAUUAGAAAGGAUAACAGUUCUGAGCUGUAAUUUCGCCUUAAACUAUGGACACUCCCUACGUAGUGCAUUUUUUAAACUUGAAAUAUAUAAUAUUCAGCCAGCUUAAACACAUAUGAUGUAUGUACAGGACAAUGUACAAUUAUAAUGUCUCUUGAGCAUCCAACUUGUUUCUGCUGACUCUUGUAAAUCUUUUUGCUUAUACUUUCAUCUUAAUCUAAUACGUGCCAGAUAUAAAACUCUGUCUUGUCGCAGUGGGAGGCGCCCUAUUUCUAUGUCAUUUUUAAAUGUAUCUAUUUGUACAAUUUUAAAGUUCUUAUUUUUAGUAUACAUACAAAUAUCAGUAUUCUGACAUGUAAGAAAUGUUACAUCACACUUAUAUUUUAUGAACAUUGUACUGUUGCUUUAAUAUGUGCUUCAAUAUAUGAAGCAGACUUUGAAAUAAAAGGAUUCUUUUUUUAA